GUCUUUUAUUGUAGAAUUAAAACAGACUCCACAUUUGAAGCUAGUGCUGCUGGGCAAGGAAAAUAUAAAGGCCCCAGGAUCUAAAGUGAAAGAAGUUUGUGGACACCUGAUCACGCUGGUGGAGUUGCCUGCUCUCUACAACACUAAACUCUCAGAACAGGAAGUGAUGCAUCAGACUCUACACUGUGUCUCUGUCUGUAAUCCUGGAGUUCAUGCUUUCUUCAUCAUUGUUCCUGAAGGUCUUCUCACUGAUGAAGUUAAAGCAGAAAUAGAGAUGUUUCAGAGGAUCUUCAGCUCCAGAGUUUAUGACCACACCAUAUUCAUCAUCACCCAGAAGUCACCAAAGAAAGACUUAGAUAAAGAGCUUCAGGCUUUGAUAAAGACAUUUGGAGGACGAUACAUUUUAUACAGCAGGAAAAUAAAUGCAGAAAAUCUGUUCCCACAUGUUAAAGACCUUCUUACAAAAAACAACAAUCGUCAGUAUACGAUGACCAUGUACGCUGAGGCCCAGGUUGAAGCACAGCUGACAUACAAACGUACAAUUCACUAUCUGGAAAAACAAAUGAUUGAACUCAAGAGAAACAGACGUCAAACACAAGAUUUGUCAAAAAGCCCUGACACACUCAGAAUUGUGCUGUUGGGGAAGACUGGAGUUGGGAAGAGCGCAUCAGGAAACACCAUCCUGGGGAAAGACGUAUUUAAAGAAAUGCCGUCAUUUCAGUCAGUUACUACUGUGUGUCAGAAAGAGACAGCAGAGGUCAAUGGGAGACAGAUUACUGUGAUCGACACUCCAGGACUGUUCGACACUAAAGUUCAAAAUGAAGAGAUCAGGAAAGAGAUUGUUAAAUGUAUCUCAAUGGCAUCACCUGGUCCUCAUGUGUUCCUGCUGACACUGAAAAUAGGACAACGCCUCACAGAGGAGGAAACAGAUACAGUGGAAAUCAUUGAGAAGACUUUUGGUAAAGCAUCCAACAUGUACACAAUCAUCCUCUUCACCAGGGGCGAUGAACUUAAAGGACUUCCAUUUGAACAGUACAUUGAAAAUGCUGGAUCAUUUUUAAACACACUUUUGUUUGCAUGUGGUAAAAGAUACCAUGUUCUCAACAACAAUGAUAAAUCCAGCAACACCCAGGUCCUGACUCUACUGGAUAAAAUCCACUUAAUGGUGAAGGUGAAUGGAGGAAGCUGCUACACUAAUGAGAUGUUCCAGAAGGUUGAAGGAGCUCUAGAAGAAGAAAAAGAGAGAAUCCUGAAAGAGAGAGAGGAGCAGAUAGAGAGGGAGAAAGAAGAACUGAAGACCAAAUAUGAAGCUAAAAUGGAGGAAAUGAGAAGAGAAAUGCAGAAACAAAAAGAAAGACAAGAGGCAGAAGAGAGACAAAAAGAGGAACAAUUUAAACAGAGAGAAGAACAAAUAAAAAGAGAAAUGACAGAAAGGGAACAAAAUCUAAGAGAAGAUUUCUGGAAGAGAAGAGAAGAAGAUGACUCGAUGAUGAAGGAAAAGAUGCGAGAAAUAAACAGAGAAAGAGAGGAGAACAGGAAACAGUGGGAACGACAGAGAGAGGAAGAUCAGAAACGGAGAGAUCAGGAGGAGAAGGAAAGAAGGAGGAGGGAAGAAGAAUGGAAGGAGCAUCAGAGAAAGGAGAAGGAGAAGUUUAAAAGAGAAAAAGAAGAGAUGAAAAAUAAUAAAGAGGAAGAAUUAAAGAAACUGCAGAAGGAGUAUGAAGAGAAGGCAGCAGAGGAAGACAGGAGAAUAAGGGAUUUAGAGGAGAAAAUAAAGAAUGCAGAGGAAAGUAAAAAGAAGGAACUCCAAGAUCUAAAGUUAUCUCAACAACGAGAGAGACAGCAGAGGAUGAGGGAGGAGGAGGAGAAGAGAAAAGACCAGCAGGAUAACUGGGAGAAAAGAAUCACUGCUAUGGAGGAAAAGUGGAGUUUAGAGCAGAUCAGGAAGGAGAAACAAUAUGAAUGGGAAAGACAGAAAGAAAAGGAGGAGAAAGAUUUAAAAGAAAAGGAAAGAAAAGAGAAAGAAGAACAAGAAAGGAGAAGAAUUGAGAAUGAGGCAAAUGAUAAGAUAAGAAUGAUGGAAGAACAGCUAAAGGUACAAAGAGAGGAAGAUGAGAGAGAAAGAAAGAAAAAAGAUGAAGAACACAGAAAGGAGAUGGAAGAAAAUCUACAGAAACAAAGGGAAGAUUUCAGAAAAGAGAAAGAAGAACAAGAGACAAAACACCAAGAGGAGAAAGAGAGAAAUCUGUCCUUCAUUCAAGAGCUGCACAAGAACCAGCUGGAGACUCUGAAGAGAGAGACUGAAGAAGCAGCAAGGAAACAGGCAGAGGAAGAAUUUUCUGCUGAACUUGAUGCUAAAGUUAAAGAGGCUAAAGAAGAAGGAUUAGAAGAAGGCCGUGCAGAGGUAGAGGCAGAAAGAACAAGACUCGGCAGAAAAGUAGAUAAAAUUAUAAAUGACUGGUCUGGGAAAAAAAGAAAAAAAGAAAAAUGAAUGAAAACUGAUUGAAAUUUAAUUCUGUAAUUAUUUGAUUUCAUUUCUGUAUAUUGGUAAACUUGCUGAGUGCAAAGUUAAAUGUAAGUAUAAUUAACACAACAUAUGAUCCAUGUACUUGGUGGUCCACUGGCUAGGAUCCCAUGUGUAUAUAUGUAGACGGAGAAUAGCUGUGGGGAGAGGAUAAGGAACACCAGUGCUGAUUGUCCAAAUGCUGGAGGUGACACCUCCCAGUCUCACCUGUUGUUUCCUGCCUGUCAGGAAGCUGGUGAUCCACUGACAGAUGGAAGGGGGUACAGUGAGCCUUAGGAGUUUGGAGUGAAGAAUUUCCGGAAUUAUUGUAUUAAAAGCCGAACUAAAGUCAACAACCAGAAUCUGGUAUGUCCCUGGGCAGUCCUGGUGUUGCAGAAUGUAGUGCAGUCCAACGUUGACUGCGUCGUCCACUGACCUGUUUGCAUGGUAGACAAACUGUAGGGGAACCAGCAUCUGUUCUGUGACAGACUUUAGGUGGGUCAAUAUCAGCUGUUCAAAGGUCUUCAUUACAACAGAUGUCAGAGUGACAGGCCUUUAGUCAUUCAGUCCAGUGAUGGAGGGUUUCUUGGGGACCGGGAUGAUUGUGGAGAGUUUAAAGCAGGAGGGGACUUCACACAGCUCCAGAGAUCUGUUGAAGUUAUUGGUGAAAAUAGGAGCCAAUUGUUCAGCACAUGCUAUGAGACAGGAGGGGGAGACCCUGUCUGGGCCAGGAGCUUUCCUUGUCUUCUGUCUCUGAAAGAGCCGAUUCACAUCCUCUUCACAAAUCGUGAGUGCAACUUGAGUGCUGGGAGGAGUUGUUAAUGGGGUUCCCAGAGGUGUGAUGUCAGUCAGUGUGCUGGGUUGGAUGGGAGGUGUGAAGAUGCUGAAGGUGCUGAUAUUUGGAUCAGACGACUCAUUUCUGAUCAUUUUCUUGCUUCAUCUACGUUGGAAUCUAUUGUUAAUCUCAUUUAAUUGUAUAUGUAAUAUAAAAUUGUAUUUUUUUUAUAUAAAUAACGUACAUUACUCGUAGAUGCCCUGAAGUCCCUGAACUCAUACUGAACUACAACAAAUUUGUCCAUAUAGUGUAGAAACAGUAGAAAUACACACUAAAGCCCUAUUCGGACGGGACUAGUUUUCCAAACGACGUUUGAGUUAGAAUUUUUUUCAGCCGACGUCUGUCAUUUCAUGUAUGGAUUUGGACAGGACUAAUCUCUGUGUUUAU